AAAUCUUCAGUCAAGAGAAAGAUAUUGAGAGAAAGAAAAGAUAUUCAGAGGAAUAAAAAUAAUUGCACCUCUCUCAAUCAAUAGGGAGGUGUAUAAAAUUAAUUUCUGUAUGGAGAGAGAGAGAGAGGGGUAGGGCUAGAAAGAGAUGAAUUUGGCAAGGAGGGUUUUUCUUCAAUUUUUUGCCAGUUGUAUUUCAUCUGAAUAAUCAAUAGAAAAAUUGAUCAUUAGCCUUUUGUUUAUCCCUCUUCCCUCUUUCUUAUAUAGAUAAUAAUAAGUAAAUAUUGAAUUUAAUACACCCGGGAAGGGAAAAGUAAAAGGAAGAAAUGGGUGAUCAGCAGCACUCUGAUUCUUCUCCUCUCCUCGUUGCUCCGGCUCCGAUCAAGGACCCGUCGGAGAUCGACCUUGAAGCCGGCCCAGAGGAACAAAUUCAAUGCCGAAUUUGCCUCGAAACUGACGGUAGGGAUUUUAUAGCACCUUGCAAGUGCAAAGGGACAUCGAAAUUUGUUCACCGUGAAUGCCUUGAUCACUGGCGGGCUGUGAAGGAAGGUUUUGCAUUUGCCCAUUGCACAACUUGCAAGGCUCCUUAUCACUUGAGAGUUCACGUCCUUGCUGAUAGAAGAUGGCGAACGUUGAAGUUCCGAUUUUUCGUGACUAGAGACAUUCUGUUCAUUUUUCUUGCUGUGCAGCUUGUAAUUUCUUCAUUGGCAUAUUUAGUAUAUUUGGUUGACGGUCACCAGGAGUUCUGGCUUCGUCUAGCCUGGGGUUUUGAUGGUGAACUCAGUUUCUAUUACAUAUGUGGGGCGCUCUUGUUUUUUGCUUUGCUGGGACUAUCUGGGUGUGUCAUAACUUGUUAUGACAGAAGAGUGCGCAACGAUCUUGCUCAGCCAUGUCGAGAAUUAUGCCUUUGUUGCUGUCAGCCGGGAAUGUGUGCUGACUGUCACUUGCCUGGCACACUUUGUAUGUGGACUGAUUGUACUACAUGCUUUGAAAGCAGCGCUAGUGCAUUUAGUGAAUGUGGUUGCUUGGGAGGAGCUGGUGAAGCUGGAUUGCCAUUAUUAUUAAUAAUGGCCUUGGUUGUGCUUGGACUGUUUACUGUGAUUGGCAUAUUCUACAGUGUUUUGGUGGCCACAAUGGUUGGACAAAGGAUUUGGCAGCGGCACUACCACAUACUUGCAAAAAGAAUGCUGACAAAAGAAUAUGUUGUGGAAGAUGUGGAUGGUGAGAUGACUGGAUCUGAUUGGUCUCCCCCACCACUUCCACCUGAGCAUGUGCAACAGUUGAAGACACUCGGGCUUCUGUAGAGAUAAGAGAAAUUUGAAUAGGAUACUUGGAACAUGUAGAGACAGGCUUUUAACUAGGUUGGUCAUUCUUCCCUUGUGGGUUGAUAUGUAUCAGGCCUGAAUGCAGAUAUUCUUGUUGUUGAUUGAGAGCUUGAGUGCAGCACUUGUUGUUCAGUUAUGUUAAUAAUCUGUGCAUUGUUACAACUUGUAAGUUAUAGUUCCCUUAUGAUUCA